AAUUAUCAUGUUCUUGACUUGAUACACCUGAAGAACGAGGUCACACGGGUUUGAUCUUUUAUAAUCAAAAUUAUAUAGGAAUAAAUUUUCUAGUUUUAAGUCAAAGUAAAUUUGCUCUAUUACCUAUUUUUAGUAGUCUGCUUCAUAAAAGCAUACGAGAUAGUUUUGCCCAGCAUAAGUCAAGUGUAUUGUUUCCUGCCGAAUAAGAGCCCCUAAUCGAGAAUCAGAAAGAGAAAGACAGUCAAAAUUUUCCCCCCUCAACAUAAACCCUAUCUAAAUCAGCCGACGGCCGGUAUGAGUCGGUCAGUUGACGAUCUCGGAACGAAGCCAGAUCCGUCGAAGAAGCCUGUCUUCCUUACUAAAGCACAGCGAGAGGAGUUAGCCCUUAAGCGCCGCCACGAAGAAAUCGCCGAGCAGAAACGGCGGGCCGAACAGCUUCUCCAAGAACAAGGUAACAACCGCCCUUCCUCCACCGACAACGACCGUGACCAUGACCGGGAUCCUCGUGAGAGAGAUAGGGAUAGGGAUAGGGAUAGGGAUAGGGAUAGAGGGGACCACCAUCGCUCCAGAGACCGCGAUAGAGAAAGAGACAGAGAAAGGGAGUCAAGGGACCGUGAUAGGGAGGCGGAACGCCGGAAGCGGGAGAGGGAGCGUGACGAAGAGCUAAAAGAACGAGAGCGAGCUCGAUUGGAGAAACUCGCCGAACGAGAGCGUGAGAAGGAGCUUGAUGCUAUUAAAGAGCAGUAUCUGGGCUCUAAAAAACCUAAGAAGCGGGUGAUUAAGCCCAGUGAGAAAUUCCGAUUCUCCUUCGACUGGGAGAACACGGAGGACACAUCACGUGACAUGAACGCUCUCUACCAAAACCCUCAUGAAGCCCGCUUACUCUUUGGUCGCGGAUUUCGUGCUGGAAUGGAUAGAAGGGAGCAGAAGAAGCUUGCUGCUAAGAAUGAACGGGAGCUCCGUGAGGAGAUUCGUAAGAAGGACGGAAUCGAAGAGUCUGCUUUUGAAGCAGCUGCUUUAAAGAAGAAGGAACUAGAUGCUGAUAUGUAUGAUACUUUCGACAUGAGGGUUGACCGCCAUUGGUCGGAUAAGAAGCUGGAGGAGAUGACGGAGAGAGAUUGGAGAAUAUUCAGGGAGGAUCAUAAUAUAUCCUAUAAGGGGUCUAGGAUACCCCGGCCCAUGAGGAAUUGGGCUGAGAGCAAGUUAACUACCGAGUUGCUCAAGGCCGUUGAGAGGGCUGGCUACAAGAAGCCUUCUCCUAUUCAAAUGGCUGCAAUUCCGCUUGGACUUCAACAGCGUGAUGUGAUUGGCGUGGCAGAGACUGGUUCAGGUAAAACUGCUGCUUUUGUUCUCCCUAUGUUGACUUAUAUCACUAGGCUUCCUCCAUUGAGCGAGGAGAAUGAGGCGGAGGGGCCAUAUGCUGUUGUGAUGGCACCUACCCGAGAAUUGGCUCAACAGAUUGAGGAUGAGACAGUUAAGUUUGCGCACUAUUUGGGUAUAAAAGUUGUUUCUAUUGUUGGUGGGCAGUCCAUUGAGGAGCAAGGUUUUAGGAUUAGGCAGGGUUGUGAAGUCGUGAUUGCAACCCCUGGACGACUUCUUGAUUGCUUGGAGAGGCGUUAUUGUGUACUGAACCAGUGUAAUUAUAUUGUUCUUGAUGAGGCUGAUCGAAUGAUUGACAUGGGUUUUGAACCUCAAGUUGUCGGUGUACUGGAUGCUAUGCCUUCGAGUAAUAUGAAACCGGAGAAUGAGGAUGAAGAGCUUGACGAGAAGAGGAUUUAUCGAACCACUUAUAUGUUCAGUGCUACCAUGCCACCUGCUGUAGAGCGGCUGGCUAGAAAAUACUUGAGAAAUCCUGUUGUCGUGACUAUUGGCACUGCUGGAAAGACUACUGACCUCAUUACUCAGCACGUGUUCAUGGUUAAGGAAUCCGAGAAAAUGUAUAAGCUGCAGAAAUUGCUGGAUGAGCUUGGAGAUAAGACAGCUAUCGUGUUCAUCAACACUAAGAAGCAGGCUGAUUUUGUUGCUAAGAAUCUGGAUAAAAACGGCUACAGGGUAACCACACUGCAUGGUGGAAAGUCACAGGAUCAGAGAGAAAUCAGCCUUGAAGGAUUUAGGACAAAGAGGUAUAAUGUGUUAGUUGCUACUGAUGUUGCUGGUCGUGGGAUUGAUAUACCUGAUGUGGCCCAUGUAAUAAACUAUGAUAUGCCAAACAAUAUUGAAGCAUACACCCAUCGUAUUGGACGUACAGGUCGUGCUGGAAAGACUGGUGUAGCCACAACAUUCUUGACCAUGCAGGAUACUGAAGUCUUUUACGAUCUUAAGCAAAUGCUCACUCAAAGCAACAGUCCGGUACCCCCUGAACUUGCCCGGCAUGAGGCUUCGAAGUUCAAGCCAGGAAGUAUUCCCGACAGACCACCUAGGCGACAAGAAACUUUAUUUACUCAUUAAAUUGUAAUUGAUUUAUAUGCUAUUGUAGCGGUCAAGAGUUAAGAGUUUCUGUAAUGGGAUCUGCUGAAAGAUGGAGCGAGCUGGGAAUGAUGGUGUUGGUAGAUACAACGGAGGAUUCCAACAUAAUGGAAGUGGUAACCACGUGACCAGUUAUUUUGGAUAAAUGAGUUUCAUUCUGUUACUAACAAGUAAUGAGUUGUUAACUUUGCCGAACGCAUUUGCUUUCUUAUUCUGAUUUGGAUUAUGGAUAGCUAAGCUUUACUUAAGGUCUUCUUGUAAAUUGUUGCUGUCUUGUUUCUUAUGUUUCUAUUAUACAUUACUUUAUCUUAA